AUGGCAACCCACAAUUACACUUCAGUGACUGAAUUUGUUUUCUUGGGUUUGACUAACCGACUGGAUAUGCAACCAGUCAUCUUUGCAGUCAUCUUUAUCAUGUAUCUAAUUACGGUAGUGGGUAAUUCCUUGAUCAUUACUGUAACCUGGAUGGACCCUAAGCUCAAAACUCCUAUGUACUUCCUGUUGAGUCAGCUCUCCACUAUUGACAUCUGUUUCACCACUAUCACUGUCCCCCAACUGCUGAUUCACACCUUCUCCAGGAACAAGACUAUCUCUUUUACUCAGUGUAUGACUCAGGUCUUUUUCUUUGUAGCUACAGGUAACAUGGAAGGUUACCUAUUGGCAGCUAUGGCCUAUGACCGUUACGUGGCUAUUUGUAAUCCUUUGCGUUAUGGGGCCAUCAUGACCCAGAAAUUAUGUAUUUGUGUAGUCCUGGUGUCUUGGUUUCUCAUGUUUUUGAAUUCUCUUUUACAUACCAUCCUUGUCUCAAGACUUCAUUUUUGUAACAAUCACAUUUUACACUUUUUCUGUGAUGUCCCUCCCCUGAUGCAACUCUCCUGCUCCCGCCCUAUCAUUAAUGAGCUGAUGCUUCUAACAGAAGGGGCUACAGUAACUCUCUCUCCAUUUGUCUUUAUUCUGGCCUCUUAUGUCUGCAUUGUUGUUACUGUGCUUGGUCUACGUUCAACUGCAAGUUUACGCAAAGCUGUCUCCACGUGUGGCUCUCACAUUGUGGUUGUGACAUUAUUCUAUGGAACUGUUAUUCGGCUCUACUUCCAACCAAUCAGUAAUUAUACCCUGGACCGGGAUCGACAGGUAGCAGUCUUCUAUACAGUGGUUACUCCUAUGCUGAACCCUAUCAUCUAUAGCCUGAGGAAUAAAGAGGUGAAAGGUGCUCUCCGGAGAACUCUGAGCAAAAUCUUCCAGUAA